AUGACGCACUUAUUUGCAGAAUUUGACGACGCAGCGGACUUGCUUGCAGCGAAUCCCGAUGCAACCACAAUAAGCAUCGACGAGCCAUCGGACAUCCCCAAGAACAAGCACGGCCGCCUGCAGCAGUCGGGGAGAGAAGAGGAUGAUGAACUGCUGGGGACCGAUGACUCCGAUAAAACAGAGCUGCUUGCCGGUCAGAAGAAAAGUGCCCCUUUCUGGACAUUUGAGUACUACCAGACGUUCUUCGAUGUGGACACCUAUCAGGUCCUGGACAGAAUCAAAGGUUCGGUGUUCCCAGUGCCAGGGAAGAACUUUGUAAGGCUGUAUAUCCGCAGCAAUCCCGACCUUUACGGGCCCUUUUGGAUAUGUGCUACACUGGUCUUUGCCAUUGCUGUUAGUGGCAAUCUUUCAAAUUUCUUCAUCCAUCUGGGCAAGCCAACAUACCACUAUGUGCCCGAAUUCAGAAAAGUGUCCAUAGCAGCGACAACAAUUUAUGCUUAUGCUUGGCUUGUUCCCCUUGCUCUCUGGGGAUUCCUGAUGUGGAGGAACAGUAAAGUUAUGAACAUCGUCUCCUACUCAUUCCUGGAGAUAGUAUGUGUUUAUGGCUACUCGCUCUUCAUUUACAUUCCCACAGCGAUUCUGUGGAUCAUCCCACAAAGAGUGGUGCGCUGGGUGCUGGUGGUGUUCUCUCUGUGCCUUUCGGGCUCUGUCCUCGUGAUGACUUUUUGGCCGGCUGUCCGAGAUGACAACCGGAGGAUCGCGCUGGCCACCGUGGCGACUAUUGUUCUGCUUCAUGCCCUGCUGGCUGUGGGCUGUUUGGCAUACUUUUUUGAUGCCCCUGAACUGGAUUUUCCUGCACCUAUUAUCCCCGUUCACAAUGGAACAACAGUAAUAACAAAGAUUCAGUAAAUAAGAUUGCAAUGCCUGAUUCUCCGUCUGUACAGUAAUGUUAUUUUAGAUUAUUUUUUCACUGAAGGACUUGGGAAUUUCAAAAAUGGGG